CAUUUUAUUUUUGGGAGAUCGUUGGUCCCAACUCCGAUGGUAUCGACAUGGCAUUCUCGGCGGACAUGACCGCAGCUCUGUCACCUUCGUAUCAGUGUUUCUUCAAGCCUCCUCAGUCAUUUUUGGGCUUGGGCUUGGGCUUCGAAUUUCAGAAGAAAGGCAGAAGGCUCCGUAGACACCUCAACUUGGUCAUCAACGCCCAACUUUCCAACUCGUUUUCCUUCAGCUUCGGACUCGACUCUUCGAACUUGAAUUCCUUCCAAUCCAAUGAUCCAUCACAGUUGCCUUGGAUGGGUCCAGUUCCAGGUGAUAUUGCUGAAGUGGAGGCAUACUGUAGAAUCUUUAGGAAUUCAGAAAAGCUUCAUUCUGCAUUGAUGGACGCACUAUGUAAUCCGUUGACUGGUGAAUGUAGUGUCUCAUAUGAGGUUCCGUCAGAUGAGAAACCUCAACUAGAGGACAAAAUAGUUUCUGUCCUUGGAUGCAUGAUAUCCCUUGUGAACAAAGGCAGGGAGGAUGUUCUUUCUGGAAGAUCCUCAAUUAUGAACUCCUUUCGUGCUGCAGAAGUUAGCACCACAGAAGAUAAACUUCCCCCGCUUGCCAUUUUUAGGAGUGAGAUGAAAAGGUGUUCUGAAAGCUUGCAUGUUGCUCUUGAGAACUAUUUAAUACCUGAUGAUGAUCGAAGCUUAAAUGUAUGGAGGAAACUUCAAAGACUGAAGAAUGUCUGCUAUGAUUCUGGAUUUCCUCGUGGGGAUGGUUAUCCUUGUCAUGCACUUUUUGCCAAUUGGAGUCCUGUACAUUUAUCAACUUCUAAAGAGGACACACAAUCCAAAGGCACAGAGGCAGCCUUUUGGACUGGUGGUCAGGUAACAGAAGAAGGUCUAAAGUGGUUACUAGAUAAAGGAUAUACAACAAUUAUCGAUCUAAGAGCGGAGACUGUAAAAGAUAACUUCUAUGAAAUGGCUCUGCAUGAUGCUAUUUCGUCUGGGAGAAUUGAUUUGGUAAAAAUCCCUGUUGAAGUUAUGACUGCACCUACAAUGGAACAGGUUGUGAGAUUUGCAUCUUAUGUUUCAGAUUGCAGCAAAAGGCCUAUCUAUGUUCACAGCAAGGAAGGAGUUUUGAGAACAUCUGCCAUGGUCUCCCGAUGGAGGCAAUACAUGACUCGUUCUACAUCACCGAUUGUUUCUAACCCACCUCUUAUGCCCAAUGACAUGUUAUCACAUUAUAAAAAUGGAUCUGGGAGACAUUCUUCAGUGACUGCAGAGAGAUCCUCCCUGGAAAAGGAUAUCGUUUCAUUGCAAGAGAGUUUGGAUGCAACACAUAGUUCUGUUGGAACAUUUGCGAGAAGUACCUCUCAAAAGAAGUAUGGAAAAACAGAAGGUAUUGCAGCCUUAACUGAAAUUACUCCUGAUAAUAGGAUAUUAUCAGAAGCCACUGCUGCUAAUGAGGAAGGAUCUUUUCCUAGUGUCUUCAGCAAAAUUAACCCUUUAAAAGCUCAAGUUCCUCCUUGUGAUAUAUUUUCCAAAAGAGAGAUGUCCAAAUUUUUGGGAAACAGGAAGAUCUCACCACCCUCUUAUGUCAAUUAUUGGAGAAGAUGGUUGGAAUGCUCUCCACAACUGAGGAACAUGGAUAUCACGAGACUACCAGGGGGUUUUAUUGUCAGCAGUAGUGAUAAUCUUGUACCCAAAGUUGUUGGUCCAGAAAUUUCAAAUGGGUCAGCCCAUUUGGAUCAUCCAUCUAGAGAGCCCCAGAUUACAGUUGGUGGCAACUGGAAGUUGGUGAAUGGGAGCACUUCUAGUUCGGUUAGGACAACAGUAAAUGGAUUAAGUGAGGGGGAAAUGCAUUACAUGACUAAUGCCAAUGCCAACAACAUUGUAAAGGAUGGCUUUGACAAUGUAACAACUAACUCCCAAAGGGUUGAAGAUAAUAUAGUUAGGGCUGGUUUGGCCUUACAAGAUGAUGACUUGGGAUCCAUUGAGGGAGAUAUGUGUGCUUCUUCAACAGGAGUUGUGAGGGUGCAAUCGAGAAAGAAAGCAGAGAUGUUCCUAGUUCGAACAGAUGGAUUUUCUUGUACCAGAGAAAAAGUGACUGAAUCUUCUUUGGCUUUCACUCAUCCUAGCACCCAGCAGCAGAUGCUAAUGUGGAAGUCUAUGCCAAAGAACGUGUUAUUGUUGAAGAAGUUGGGGGAAGAACUAAUGGAAGAAGCAAAACUGGUUGCUUCUUUUCUUUAUCACCAAGAGAAAAUGAAUAUUAUUGUGGAACCUGAUGUGCAUGAUAUAUUUGCGAGAAUUCCAGGCUUUGGGUUUGUUCAGACCUUUUAUAGCCAAGAUACCAGUGAUCUACAUGAGAAAGUAGAUUUUGUGGCAUGCUUGGGCGGGGAUGGUGUUAUACUGCAUGCGUCAAAUCUAUUCAGAGGUGCUGUUCCCCCUAUUGUGUCAUUCAACCUUGGCUCCCUUGGUUUUCUGACAUCUCAUUAUUUUGAAGAUUACAAGCAAGACUUACGGCAAGUCAUUGGUGGAAAUAAUACACGAGAUGGUGUGUAUAUUACUCUUAGAAUGCGUCUCCGAUGUGAAAUUUUUCGUAAUGGUAAAGCAAUGCCAGGGAAAGUAUUUGAUAUCCUCAAUGAGGUGGUUGUUGAUCGUGGUUCUAAUCCAUACCUUUCAAAGAUUGAAUGUUAUGAGCAUGACCGACUUAUAACCAAGAACGUGUUUAGGAAAACCGUGGCAUACCUUCUGUAUGAUGAGUGUCAUGUCUUUCAGGUACAAGGUGAUGGAGUCAUUGUUGCCACCCCUACAGGAAGUACUGCCUAUUCUACAGCUGCUGGAGGUUCCAUGGUCCAUCCAAAUGUUCCCUGCAUACUCUUUACCCCAAUCUGUCCACAUUCCCUCUCAUUUAGGCCAGUUAUACUUCCAGAUUCUGCUCAACUAGAAUUAAAGAUUCCGGAAGAUGCAAGGAGUAAUGCCUGGGUUUCGUUUGAUGGGAAGAGAAGGCAGCAACUCUCAAGAGGAGAUUCUGUCAGAAUAUCUAUGAGUCAGCAUCCCCUUCCAACCGUUAACAAGUUUGACCAAACGGGUGAUUGGUUCCGUAGCUUGAUUCGCUGCCUAAAUUGGAAUGAGAGGCUUGAUCAAAAGGCUCUAUAAUGCAUGUGAAAUUGAAGAACAGCCCUAAUGUGAAGAUGGGGCUUGUAUAAUUACUGUAUAGAUUGUACAUUGAGAUUACAAAACUUAGGUAUAGUAGAUACCACCAGGUUAUUACAUUGGCUGCCAUUGUGAAGAUAGGGUUUGCCAAUGGUUUUUCAACAUUUUAUAAUGGCAAGAUGCUGUUGUACAUACAGACACUUACAAAAAGCAGCUAAUUUUUUUUGUAUCUAAGCAGCAGCCUUUUGUUCCACCUAAAAGUUUAUUACUGUUUGCUAGACUUCCUUUUUUCCUUAGGCAGAUAUGAAUUCUCUGUGACCUAAAAUCUACAAGUAUAUUUUCAUGCAACAAUGUGAGCAGCAGAAACUGCAAU